AUGAUUGAAUGUAAAACAACAAUUGAUUCAAAGUUUGAUACAAUAGUUAACCGGACGAGUAAUACGACUACACGUCCGCAGUCGUAUCAACGUUUAUUUCUGUUCAGUAAUGGAGUGCUUAAGAUAACACCUAAAAUAGAGGUGCCUUUUGAACUGACCGGCAGUGUUGAGUCGGGUUUUACACUGGGACUGCCUAUUACUGUACGUUUUCAGUCGCAGUUUCAAUUGAUGUCCGAUUGGAUCAAACAGGUGAUCGCUAACCGACAUAAAGGUGUGUCAACCAAAAACAAAAUUAAUAUAUCUUUAGGCGCAUCAUUAGCUCGUAUAUUAUUAGCAAAUAUAAAUCCAGUUACAAAUGUCGAACCAGAAGUGGUGGACCAGUUAUCCUCAACAGUUAAAUCUGGUGGCCUUAAUAGUACUAUUCAUACCCAUAGCACUGGUACUGUUACCGGUCAGCGUACUGUUCCUAUUGAUCGUAACUCUACUAUUGGUACCAAUCGUAAUCCUAAGCACAUUAUUGGUGCUACUGGUGCUAACCAUUUGGACAAUCAUAAGGCUAUUGUUGAAAAUGAAUUGGUCAAAAGUCACCGAUCAUUUGCCAGGGCUCAGCUAUAUCAGAGUUUSACAAUAAGUCACUCGCGAUUUGGUAAAAGUUGUCUUCAAAGAGCUAUCUGUGAAGUAUCACAAACACCGCUAAUGACACCAAAUGGUGGACUAAUUGGCCAAUUGAUUGACAGUUUACUUACACUCGACUCGUUAUACGAAGAAUUUAUUGACGACUUCAGCGACUUUAUAACGGCUCAAACUAUAGGUCGCGAGUCAUAUGAAAAACAACUACCCUUUCAAACAACUAACGAUAGUUUUAUAGAUGAAUGUCUUAUAACAUACGGUWAUUUGUGUCCAUUUUCAUUAUUUAAUAUUAUUCACAUUUAACUAUAAAUAUUUUGUAURUUAUUUAAUACUGUAGUAUCAAUAUAAUUGUUAUGUAUGUAUUUUAUAAUGAA